AUGCAAGCGCAACAAUCUCUGCCUCGGUGCCGUAGCUACAUCCUCACAACGUGGACAGGGGGAGAGGAGGAGGAGGAGGAGGAGGAGGAGGAGGAGGAGGAGGAGGAGGAGGAGGAGGGGUGGGCGAGGGAGGAGGAGGAGGAGGAGGAGGAGGAGGAGGAGGAGAGAGGAGGAGGACGAGGAGGAGGAGAAGGGGGUGGGGAGGAGAAGGAGGAAGAGGAGGAGGAGGAGGAGGAGGAGGAGGAGGAGGAGGAGGAGGAGGAGGAGGAGGAGGAGGAGGAGGUGGUGGUGGUGGUGGAGGAGGAAGGGGAGUGGGAGGCUUUCUGA